CCUGACAGGCUGCCGGCGGCACGGCCCCGUCCUCCUGGCUCACCCGUCAGGUUCCCCCGCUUUCCAGUCCGGCGUCUCCGCCGCAGAUGGUGAUCCCGCGCCUCCGCGCCAUGCCCUCGUCCGGUAGUCUUAAGGUCCUGGUGGCGCCGCCGCGCGUCGACAUGCCGUUCUGCGGUGCCUCAGUCACUGAGGCACGGGCCGAACGUCGCCGCCUCCGUCGCUAGUGCCUCGCCCGCACCAAGAUCCCAUCGCCGGCAGAGAUGAGACGACUCUAUGCCUCAUUGACCCAGGCAGCGGCACAGCAACUUGCCCGAAGAACGGCGGCUCCAAAGUCUGCACGCGCUGCCUUGACCACCAGACCAGCGGCAGGGCAACUUGCCUGCAGAAUGUCAACGGUAUGGGCGUACGGCAUGCUGGGCAUGGUAUGAACAAAUUAACCCCUCAUCAUGCGGUCCAUCCAUUCAAAUAUGACGGGUAAAUCAAGCUUAUGCAAAUUGUCUACAUGAAAAUAGCGGAAAGGUUGACUUGCGGCCAUGUCAGAUUGGCACGCAGUCUCGGGACUGAGAUAUCAACAUGUGCCAAGAGCUCAAGAUACCUCCAAACCUCUGAAUCCAUUGCAUCUAUCCGGCUAGUGGCAGGUUAGAUAGAGACGUAGAGUGUUUGACUGGACUAUACCAUCCAUUCCACCACAUGGUAUGAGCGCAUGCCUUUCCACUUGAUGAACACAAAUUAUGGGCUCUUGGGUGAAGGUCAAGGCAGCUGGGUGCGCGCGUGAGACAUGGAAGUCCUCUCUGCAACACAUAUAUAAACACAUGAAUCCCGGGGCCAGGAGGCAUCCCUCAAUCCUCACCCAUCAAGCUCUGCUAGUAGCGGGCUAGAGAGGAUGGCACUUGCUCCCCGGUCGUCUCUGCGCUCCCUGGUGCUGCUCAUGUCGCACGGGAAGCCACGGCUGAGCUCUUUCUUCUCCUCGUCCUCCGCGGCCGGCACAGGCGUUCCGCCGGCCACCCCAGGAGCCGAUGCUCCGGCCGUCCAGCCCCCAGUUACUCCAUUGUGCUUUGCAGCUCCUUCAGGCCCCAAGCUCCCUGUCGAGGAAGAGUUUGUUCUUCACCCAAUUCCUGGGGUUCUACGUCCACGUCCGUGUCCGCACCCACCUGGAGCCGUUGAAGAUGUAACCGACAAGGCUUGUCUGAACGCCCCUGAAGAUCCUAGCAGUGCACACCCAACUCCUGAUCAGGGUUCAUCUAGCACACCUGAACCUGUAUCUGACAAGCCUCCCUGGGAUAUCUCUGAAGAUCCUGGACACCCGGUUCUUGAUCCACCACCUCCACGUCCACCUCGCAGGGGGCGUCGCGCUGUGACCGACGAGCCUGCGCGUUGCGCCCAGGAGCAUCCCAAGUACCCAGUUCCCGACUGUUCAAGUGACAAGGUCUUCUCCUACUGCUCCUCUGCCGUUCCGCCGCCGGCUCCAGGAACUUGCACCCCGGCUGCCCCCGACGUUCAGCCUCCAGUCACCCCAGCUCUGCCAGAUCGUUCAGGCCACAAGCUCCCCGAUCACGAAGAGUUAGUUGUUCACCCACUUCCUGAUCCAUCAGGUAACAGGCUUAGCCCUGUAAUCGAAGAGCCUGCCCGGUGCACCCUGGACAACCCCAAAUACCCAACUCCCGGCAGUUCAAGCCACAAGCUCCCUGCUCACGAAGAGCUCGUUAUACACCCACUUCCUGGGGGUCCACGUCCGCGUCCACGUCCACGUCCACGUGGAGCCGUUAAAGAUGUAACCGACAAGGCUUGUCUAAACGCCCCCGAAGAUCCUACAUACCCAACUCCUGAUCAUGGUUCAUCUAGCCCGUCUGUGGACUUGUUGGAAGACCCUCUACAUCCGGUGCGUGAUCCACCAGGUAGGCCGUAAUCGAUGCAGUGCACCCAGGAGCAUCCCAGGUACCCAGCUCUGGACAGUCCAAGACGAGAUCUUUCAGACUUAAUUCGCCAAGGAGAAAAAAUAUCUUUCAGACUGAAGUUCAGCAACCUCCUGACGGCUCACGAACCGGGGUUUAAUUUACAGCCUGCAAACGCUGGAUCACCGAAGAUAGCGAGCAUCCAAGCUGAUGCAAACUAGCAUCAACUCUACUAAUAUUGUGUCACAUAGGAUAGGAGAAAAAACAGGGCAGCUUUCCCUGGCUUCUGCCCGUGCUGGGCUGUAUGUACUGUGACUCAUAAUUUUGUUGUGAUGAAUCCUUGUGUUGUGAGCGGGGAGAAAAAUCCCGGUGGUUACUGACUAGUUACUGCUGCGAUUUUGUAAUCCCAAAUUCCCAAUACAUGCU